AUGACUUUGGCGAAUGCUUUCACAAUCGACAACCGCGAGCGAUCCCUCGACAUCGAACGACCUGCCCUCGUCCGAAAAUAUCGACAUUCGAUAUUGACGAGCGGGACAAUGGACACAACGACUCUGGGGGGCGUUGACCACCGCAACGAGCCCGCCGACUCCGUGUCCACGGUGGGUGCGUAUGUCUAUCCUCACGAUACGAACCUGUCGCUCGAAGGCAGAAGCAAUGUUCAUGACCCCUCGAGCACCGAUCCCGGGGUUCUGACCUCGCUGGGAGACAGCCUCGGCAACAUGCGCCCAGCCGUUAUCAGGCCCAAGCAAGAUUCUACAGCCGCUUCGUCCACCUACACCGCACGAAGCUCCUGUAGCAGCAACGGUUCCGUAUCCGAGUCUGUCGCGCCGUCAGCGCCCUCCAUGCCGCCUAAAGUCGGCACGAGAUUCUCAACGGAAUCCGCCCGCGUCUUGCGGCAAUGGCUGGACACCCACAAGGACCAUCCGUUUCCGAAUCGAGAGGACAAUGAGAUGCUGCAGCGUUUUACCGGCCUGUCCAAGGUCCAAAUCAAGACAUGGUUCGCCAACGCGCGUCGGCGACGCAGGUUGCCGGAGAGCUCUUCGUCAUCCGUCUGGAGGUCUCCUGGCGACGCGCGAGACAUGAGCCCAAUGGAGCGUUGGGUCGACUCGCCUCCGGAAGAUGAGCCAGCCCUUGCCAGAGACAUUGCGCGAGCAAUGGCCUCGAGAAACCAGACAUUUCUGCGCCGAGGGGAAUUCGAUGGCUCUGGCGAUUCCAGCUUCGACGACGCCUCAGCACCGCCGGCACACGACGACACUUCAGCCGGCAGCCGUAGUUCGUCUAUGAACAGGUCCGGUAGCUCUCAUAGCUCCGCUAGCUUCAAUACGAAGGCCAUCCGGGGCCGCCGAAGGUCCAGACGGAGGCGACCUGGCCGCGACGCUGUCAAAACGUCACUGUUCCUGCCCGACGGUCGGUUUCAGUGCACCUUUUGCACUGAAACGUUCGGGACAAAAUACGACUGGUCGAGACACGAAAAGUCCCUUCACCUUCCCAUUGAGAGAUGGUUGUGCAGUCCUCGCGGGCCUAUCGAAGUCGAUCCUAGCACAGGCGAGCCAUGCUGUGUGUACUGUGGGCGGCCGGAACCGACGAGCGAGCAUCUCGCCACUCACAACCCUGACACCUGCCAGCAGAAGACCUUCAAUCGUAAAGACCAUCUAAAACAACACCUGCGGCUGGUCCACGACGUGGAGGGAGUAGCAUGGGUCAUAGAGGCCUGGAAAGCCCCCAGUCUCAAGAUCCGCUCCCGAUGUGGAUUUUGUGACAUCACCCUAGAGACCUGGCGAGACCGAGAACACCACCUGGCUGACCAUUUCAAACUCGGACACACCAUGGCAAAUUGGUCCGGUGAUUGGGGCUUCGAAAAGCACAUUCUGGCUACUGUUGAGAGUUAUAUGCCGCCAUAUGUCAUUGACUACGACCGCAAGUCCCUGUUCCCAUUCAUGGCAAGCGGACGAGCACCAAGCUCUCCUAGAAGCGCGUACGAGCUGAUCAGUCUCGAACUUGCCUUCUUCCUACAUCGGCACUUUGACCAGCGCAAAGACUUACCCUCCAACCACGAUCUGCGCCUGCAGGCCUGUCGAGUCAUUUUUGCCUCGGAAGCUCUGACCGCAAGUCUGGGCUGCCAGGGACUCGAAGCAACAUCGUGGCUGAGAGAUCUCAUCACUUUCGAUGACGAGGUAGCGAAGCAAGCCAGGUUCGGCCCGUUGCUAUCGCAGGCCGAGAGCAGGCUUGCCAUCCUGCGCAUCAACGGCAAGAGCACGCUAUUCGAAUCAUGCCCCUUGGAAGAGCAGCUGACGGACUUUGUCCAACGGUCCUGGAGAACACAGGCACUGGUGCCUGAGGAUAGCGACUUGCAGGCUGAGGCGUACAGGAUCAUCGCGAUGGCAGAAGAGCAGAUGGAGACGAAGACGCCCGACUUUGUCACAAAUUGGUUUGCCAAGAUGGUCACGACUUCGACCGACUGGAUUGGUUCGUUCAAGCAUCGGAACAAGGUGCCGAUGGCAACAUUACACACAUCGCAGCCAUUACCGAGCGCGACAUCUCAGUCUGCUCCGAUGGACGUGAACUGGGCGCCAGUUCAGGGCCAGACCGAUCCCACUACCGGCAUUCGCCCCUUGAUGAUAAACCUUGAUGGGGCUGAACCCAAUUUAGGGACCCAGAAUCAUGAUGAAUCCCUGCAGAUACCAAACAUUGGCGCCAUGGUCUCGAACUACCCAAUGGCAUCAAAUGCCAGCCACAGUGAUGUUCAAGAUAUGAACUGCCCGACAUCCGAUAUGCAGCACUCGAUCCUGGACCUUGGAUUCUAUGUUCUCAACGACGCAAACUAUCACCGGUGGUUCGAUGUUGAGCUAAAACGCUGGGCCACAGCUACAAUGUCGCCUGAGAACCCCGCAGGGCACAUCCCGUCCGAUGGAGAGAUCCAACAUCAGGCUCGCUUGUUGCUCUAUGAGGAUGGCGACCCCUGGAAUAUUACUGCUGCGGACAACCCGGAGUGGCUGGACAGGUUCAAGCGCGACAUUGGCAUCGUGCCUUUGAAAACGUCAGUUGAGCAUGAUGGGGUCUGA